GCAGCCGUGGAAGCUGGAGAGGAGUCUGCAGCAGAUGUGCAGUGGCAUGCUAGAGAUGAUGGAACCAUUUUUUCUCCUGAACAGAUUCUGGGCCAUGCGUGGAGGUGACAGUACCAACAAACCAAGUGAUGCAGGAGCAAGGCUCCAGCGUGAAACUUCCCUGUCACUAUAAAACUUCAGUCAACAAGAACUUCAUACUGGAGUGGAGGUUUGCACCAAUCUCAACAGCACCAGAGAUGGGGAAACAGAUUCUCUACUUCACAAAUAACAUGACGUACACGCUCGGCUCUCAGGCCAGCCGACUGAGUCUCGUUCAGAACCCUCCCACCAUGGGGGAUGCAACCAUUAGACUAGACAACGUUCGUCCUUCAGAUGCUGGCACGUACAUCUGUGAGGUGAACAGCCCCCCAGACUUCUAUGGCAGUGGCUCAGGGCUCAUACACUUCACAGUGCUGAUGCCUCCCUCUACCCCUGUUUGUAAAGGGACUGAAUAUGCUUCUGUUGGGGCUGAUGCCACUCUGACCUGCAAGUCUGCCGAGGGUGUACCCAGCCCAGUUUAUGCCUGGUCACACAUUGGUUCCAAGACACCAUUGCCACUGGCCAACAUGGUACAAGAUGAAAAAACAGGGACGCUGAUGCUGACCAACCUCUCACUGGCCUUUUCGGGGACCUACCAGUGUGUUGCCUCCAACGAGUUUGGCCAUGCCAGCUGCCAAGUGACCAUCAACGUGACUGGUACUGCAAAAGCUGGAGUGAUCGUGGGAGCUGUCAUAGGAGUCCUCCUGGCCUUCUUCCUGUUCGCAGUGAUUAUUGUCUAUUUGUUACAGUACAGAAAGAGGGACAAGAAGGAUUCCCAAUCCACUUACAACGGGAAUGAAAUAAGUGAGGAUGCCACUGCCCCAGGGAUCACGGAAACCUCCUUGCAGAGGAGAGAGAGCGACCCUGGAACCCACUUCCUGGAACGGCCGUCGUCACAGGCAGAGUCCACGAGCACCACCAAGUCCAGACUCAACAUCGUUGUCUGAGGCAGGGAUGGGCUUGCUUCUGCUCUGUUCAGGAACUGCUGCUGUUUUUGAUAUAUUACAUUCUUUCUUGUUAUUAAUUAAGUUUUUUAUUGUGGCAUAUUUGCAGCAGAAGGAGGUUUUACCCACUUCAAGGAACCUUUCCUUUGUGACCUCCAGUCUGCCUAGGCAGCACUUCCCACAUUGGAUGUGUUGUUUGUUUUGUAGUAUUUCCUCCAACAUUUCAUCAUAACCAUUUAAUACGAAAAGCCGUGUUCUCUGAUUGGCUGAC